AUGAGGCAGUCGUCCAUUAGUCGUAGCGUAGAUCGCGUAACAGAUGCAAUCAACCGCUCCAUGUUUUGCGCAAAGAUGAGAUUAUAUCUUUUCCUCAUGCGCGUCUUGCGUAAUUUCAAUAUUACAAAAAUCAGCGAUUUAGAAUUGAUCUCGAAUAGUACGGACCGUUUGGACAUCACAUUUCAUUUCUUUGGCAUAAAAGGUGACUCGAAUCGCAUACGCGAAGCCAUCACACGCAUGGUGGAACGCGGGCGUAUUGGUAAUAUUACGCUGGUCUCCAAUUAUCAUCUCUUCGACGAAAACCCACCGUUGAAUUUAUUGGAACUGACAAUUAAUCAAAAAUCAGCGAUACGUGAAGACAGUGAAUUUAUAAUAUCAUGCACCGCCCAAGGAUCUUCGCGUAUGCAAUUUCAGUGGUACAAGGAUGGUGCACGUGUCAAUACAUCCAAGGCUACGAGAGAAAUCUGGACCACCGUUUUACCACCGGAAACAAAAGAUACUUUCACUGCCAUUUUGGGCAUCACAAAGGCCAGUCGCAUGGACGAAGGCAUUUACACGUGCAAGGUCACCGACUGGGGUGUCGAGCAAUGCCGGUCGCUGCAUGUGCACAUCAAAUCACCGCCACGCCUGCGCGUUGAUCCGGCCAGUGUGACACUGCAACGCGGUGAUUCACUGCGCGUGCGUUGCCUCUCACCCGGCAACGAUGACAUCAAACGCUACGCUCAACUCGGCUACAGUUGGACACGCAACGGCGUACUCUUUCAAUCGAAUCCCGCCACUGUGAUGUGGGAAGACCUUUAUCCAGAUGGCAGCAUACUGAAAAUUAACAACAUACAAAAAUCCGCCGAGUACACUUGUAUUGUCUCAAACACUGUGCGUCCCGUAUCAAAGAGUGUCUACAUAACCGUUAUCGACCGCAAUGCGGUGCAUGUUUGUCACAGCGAUACGCUCUACGGUGUCCGUUGGCCAACAAGCGCACCAGGCGCGGCCAUUGUGGCCGAUUGUCCGCGCAGUUUCGAAGGUCACUCGCGACGUAUCUGCGAAAACCGCGACACCGGCAACUCGACAUGGUUGUUACCCGAUUUUUCGCUUUGCGUACACGAUCAACUUUUGGAGAUUUACAAUAAAUUCCGUGCAUUAAGCGCCGGCUACCAACAGACCAACUCAUCGGCCAUACUGAAGGCAUGCUUUGCAUAUACAGUUAAGCGGCAGAAGCGCUUUUUGCCUGGUGAGGCGGGAUUUCUCAUCGAUAUGCUGCACGAGGUCGAUACUUAUCUGCAGCUAAAAGGCACACAAUUGGAACGUGAGAUGGCAGCUGAAAUCAUUUUGCACAUUCUCGAUAAAGUUAUGCAAAAUACGCAAUCGCUGAAUAGUCAACAGCAAAUUAAAAAAUUGCAACUCUUAACACAAUCAGCAGCGUUGAACCGUGAAACAAUUGCAGCAUCUCAAUUAGCAACAUCAACAUCGUCAUCCUCUUCCUCUGCCUCUGGCUCUGCUUCAGCAGCCACAAUACAAACAGACACUACUUUGAGUUCGGUAAUAGCUGGUAAUGCCAUGUCACCAGCACGCUCUAUUUCAGCCAAUUCUGCGUUAGCAACUUUGUUGCGUGGCGAUGCCGGUAGCGGCGGUGGUAGUGGCAGUGGCGUUGGAAAUAGCGGCAGCAGUAUUCUAACAGUGGAUGAGGACUCAUUGUCAUUGGAUCGUCUAAAUUCGCUACGCAUCUAUAUGACUUCGGUGAAAACGUUGCCAUUUAAUUUAAGGAUCUACGGCGAUGAUUUGUUCGCCGAUCAACUUUAUAUGGACAUUGGACUCUCCAACCGCUUACUCAAUAUAAUGGCGAACUCGACUAUAUUCGCAUCGGUUAUCUCGUAUAAAAAUUUAAAAAGCUUUCUUCCAAAAACUUAUUACACGCGCGGCAGCGACACCAAAGAGUCCGAUUACAUUCUGGCCUCACGUAUUUUGCAAACUUGGCUCUUCCAGUCGAAUCGCUCAAACGAUAAUCUACGUGAACCACUCGACUUACCCUUCGAAGCGGGGCAUGUGGAGAUCAUAUUUCAGCAUGAGGUAGCCCCAAAGGAUGGCGAUUGGAUUGCGGUGUGCGGUCAUGACUACAAAGCUUCCUUUGAGUCCACUUGGCGCUCAGAUUUGUGCAUCACCAAGCAUCUGAUGGCGAACAUAACCCGUUGCAUAUGUCCAUUGUCUGGCACAUACGUUGUCAUGCUGACCAAACGUAAUAACAAUCCGCAACCUGUCUCGCCCACUCAACGUCCGCUCUUCGUGAUCAUCAGCUGUGUUUGCGGCUUACUCCAGUCCUGUUCGACUUUUCUCAUACUUCUUCCUAUUUGGUUUAACCGCAAAUGUGCGAUAACCUUUUUGAAAAUGCAAUUUUGCGUCUCCACAUCGAGUAUUAUGAUAAUAUUUCUGCUGGGGUUCCUGAAAAUGUUACCAGUGAAUUGGCACGCAAUUGUCAACUCAUCGCUUGCCUCACUGCUCUUGCUCGGCGUCUCGACCACAAUUGCGAUUGCGUUGGUUGUAAAUUCCGAGUUGGUGCCGAAGAAGAUGUUGCACAUCAACAAAAUGUCAACAACAGCAGCGACAAGUGCACGCGCAACGGCAAUAAAAAACGAGCAACAACAACGCCACGAGAUGAAUAAACAUCGUAACUCCACAAGUGGCAAUGACAAUAGCAAUGCCGCGACCGGCACAACCGCCACCUCCGCAACAACCAUCGAUGCGAGCAGUUUGAGUGUCACCACAAGCAUAACACAAAUCAGCAGCAAUAACAGCGGUGGUGGUGGUGGCGGAGGCGUAGGCGUAGGCGGCGGCAAUAUUGGCAGCAAUGACAAUAGCAUUGCAAGCGACUGCAGCGCCACCAACAAUAGACGCUUUGGCGGUGGUGUACCGAGUGCUACAGCAGCACGUUCCGUGGCUCUGGUACAAGAGCUCUACUUUCCGGUAAGUCUGCGCGCCGUUAUCGGCAUAAGUUGGUUGCCGCCACUGCUCUACGCCAUCGCUGUACCGCUCAUAUGCAGCAUUAUUGGCAAAUGGCCGCGCAAUUGGUGGCUGGAAGUGAUGAGCAAUACAACAGCGAGCACAACAUCAACAACAACACACUUCAUGUCCGACGCCGUGUUGGGUAUGCCACAUGGCUUGUCCACACUUGGUAGCGGAUACAGUAACGGAAAUGAUUACUUAGUGGCGCAUCUGGCGGCGCACUCACCGCCAGCCUCAUCCGCGUUAAGUUUGAGGGUUGAGACGAAUAACAGUAACACAAGCAAUACGAGCGCGUUCAAUGCAUUGGCGGGCACAACAACGACGGGUAACAUAUUGCGCGCUGAAGCAGUAACAACUUUAGAUGCCACUGCCACUGCGGAAGCAGCAGCAGCCGUUGCCAGCGGAAUAUUAACAACUACAAACUCUGCAGCUGCCACCACCGAUUCUCAUCAUUACUCUUCAACAAUAACGUCUUCCGACAUCCUCUCCACAUCCACUGCCACUUCAACAACCUUUUCUGUUGCCGGCUGGCAUAAUAACUUCCAAUCGGCAACCACCACCGCCGCCGCUACCGCUGCUGCCUACCGUAGUGACUUUGAUGCGCAUAUGGACGCAGUUGACCUGGAGUCAAAUCUCACAGGCAACGGUAGCGUGCCAUCACUCAGUUUCAUUAUAUUUAUUUGCGUCGAUUUACUCUUCGUUUUGCUCUUUUGUGCGCUAUUCUUCAUUUUAAUCAAGAAACUUUUAUGGCUGUGGCAUAAAAAUCGAAAUAUUCACGCGCAUCCGCAGGAUAAAUUCAAUGUGGCGAUGCGUAGACGUAUUGGCCUAAUUUACCGCACCGGUUGCUUGUUGGUAAUGAAAUUAUCAACGGAUGCAUUAUUCAUUGCAUAUGUAAAUUCAACACAAAAUUCAUGGUGGUCCUAUCCGUUUGGCAUAUCUUGCGUUUUAUUGGGAUUUACUAUCCUUUAUUGCUUUGUUAUAAAAGCGGAGAGCAGUUUGCGUGCCCCACCCAGCAGCAAUAACAGCAGCAGUGGGACGCUUAAGAAGAAGCUCAGCUCGAGUAAAACCAGCUUGGAUGAAAACUACUGCACGGGGUCCAUAAAUAGUCCGCUUAGCUUUUACUCCAGCCAUGAAAAGGAGAAGGAAAACGAAAGCGGUGCGCCCUUAACAACGCUAUUGGCGGCACCAGCACCACAACCGUUGGAAAUCUCCAAUGGCGUACAACUGCCACUCACAAUUAUACCCACCGCACAACAGCGCUGCCCACUGCUGCCCACAUCAGCAUCGACGGUGGGCAGUGGCGUUAAAACGUUCCUGAAUGCAGCGAGUCUGGAUCGCAAACUGUCGCCGCAUGUCGGUUGUCUGCAAGAGACGACUGCCGCGGCGAUGACCUCACCCGCAACGAGAUGCUGUAACAUUUUAGGUAGUGGCAGUGGCAGCGGGAAUGCCAACAGUGCUACUGCCACCAUAACUUCAACAGGUGUGGUAGGCGGUGGAGUUGUAGUGACGAGUGGCGGCAUGGGUUACUAUGAUGCCUAUGGCGCUGGUAUGGCACUCGGCAGCAUGACGGGCAGCUUGAAUAGGCGACAGCUACAUGGCUCAGCCGCAACGACCGAAUUUGUCGGUUUGGAAACUUUGGAUAUACUGCAAGGUGUGGCACCACCAGAUACCAUAAUUGGCAUUUGCAGUAGCACUCUUCCAGCAGGUAUGUCAUAUCAUCAACUUCAGCAUCAUACCUUACCGCGACAUCAUUCAGCAGCACUGCAGCAACAGCAUCCACUAAGUGUAGCUGCCCAGCAACAUGUUGCGCAACAUCACAAUGCCUAUAUGGACGCAACUAUGUUGCCAACCACGAUUGUUUCCAUUAGCAGCGGCUUGCCGCUACAAACUACAAUGAAUUAUGCCAAAAGCUGUGGAGGAGACACGGCAACACCAACGCCACCGCUCCCACAAGCGCCACCGACCACACUCACCAGCAUCAUCAGUACCACAACGGCAACAACGCAAACACCAAAGGCACAAAAGCGUGUUACCAUCAUGGAACCGACCACACACACCUUUGAUCCGCUGUUGCCCACAAUGGUUGCCGUUUCCGGUGUAUCAGCUACAACAGCGCAUCAUCGGCUUGCAACGGCCACACCAACGCCUAUAAUCACCAUUUCCAGCAAUACAACAUCGACUACCAGUAGUGCAGGUGGUGCAAGUGGUGUUGCGAGCAACAUUACGGCGAACGAACCAGCACAGGUUGUCAGUGAAAAUUUAACUGCGGGAGAUAACUCAUCACCCGAAGAUGAAAAUUCGAUAACUGGUAUGUUGGAUCGUAUAACGCAUGAUCUCGAUUAUUUGUUGAAUCGCACCAAUGAGUUGCCGCCGUCAGAGUCACCGAGUGAUGCUGAAGUGGCGGCACCGCUGGCAACGGUGACGACUGUAAUGACGACACCGACGACUACUGCAGCAGUCACAGCGGUGGCUAUCAGCCAGGAUACUGUGGAAAAGUUGUAA